AUGGCCGGUUUCCAGCCUUGCGCAACUGAGGGCGACGUGCCCAGUGACGAGGAGAAUACCCCGGUGGCGGUCGAUGAGGCGACCGCUGCGGACUGGACAAAGGCCGAGGAGGACGCGGUCAAGCGCAAGUAUGAACAUGAUGAACUCCAAUCGCCCGCACUUCCAGGCACAAUGCGCUCUGCUAACCCUUGUCGCGACGACAACAGGCUCGACUUCAUCCUCCUGCCCAUCAUGGCACUCGCGUUCUUCGCCCUGCAGAUGGAUCGCGGCAACAUUGCUAACGCCCUGACCGACACCAUCACGACGGACCUGGGCAUCACGACCAACGACAUCAACGUCGGCGGCUCCCUCCUGUCGACCGGCAUUGUGCUCCUCGAGAUCCCCUCCAACAUCCUGCUCCAGCGUGUCGGCCCGCACCGCUGGCUCUCCGUUCAGAUUGUCGGCUGGGGCCUUGUGGCCACCUUCCAGAGCUUCAUCCACAACUACCCAGGCUUUCUGGUCACCCGCUUCAUCCUUGGAUGUGCCGAGUCUGGCUUCAUCCCGGGCGCGCUAUACACCCUCUCAACGUGGUACAAAAAGGGCGAGUCGAACUUCCGCAUCUCGAUCUUCUUUUUGGGCAACCUACUUGCCGCCGCGACGGUGAGCCUGAUUGGAGCCGGUAUCUUGUCCAUGGGUCCGAGAUACGGCAUCGCCGGAUGGCGCUGGCUAUUCAUCAUCGAGGGUAUCAUUACGGUGGCCAUCGGCUUGAUCUUUUUUGCCUUGCUCCCGCCUAGUGUCGGUCAGGGCUCGCCCUGGAUCUCCUUUGGCAAGUGGUCCUACUUCACACCUCGCGAGACGUACAUCAUCAAGCGACGUGUCCUGCUCGACGACCCGGCCAAGCUGCACGGCACCAAGAUCCGCAUCACGGGCACCGACGUGUGGAAGACAGUCAAGGACCCGCGCAUCCUCGUGCACGUGCUCAUCUCCCUCACGGCCACGACCCCCGUCAGCGCCAUCAACACGUACGGCCCCAGCGUCAUCAAGUCGCUCGGCUUCGACGCCGUGCGGGCCAACGCCAUGGCCAGCGUGGGCCAGUUCAUCUCGGUCGUGCUCGUCCUCGUCCUGGGCUGGCUCGCCGACAAGACGAACCGCAAGGCCCCCGCCGUCAUCUUUGGCGCCGUGUGGAGCGUCAUCGCCUUCACGUGUCUCCGCCAGAGCUCGUUCGGCGGCUGGGGCGUCGGGAGGCGCUACGCCGCCGUCGUCUUCAGCAUGGCCACCAACUCGACCGUCCACAUCUUGAACGUGGGCUGGCUGUCGGUCAACUGUGUCCGCCCUCAGCAGCGCAGCAUCGCCAUGGCCAUGAUCAUCAUGGCCGCCAACGCCGCCGGCAUCGCUGGCAGCCAGGUGUUCCGCACGGGGGACGCGCCGCUAUACAUCAACGCCUUCACCGCGUGCCUGACGCUGGCCGCGUUCUUGAUCGUCGUCAUCGCCGCGCAGGGCGCGUGGUACUUCUUCAGCAACCGCUCGCUGAGAAAGAAGGGCGCCACGAGCACAGCUCCCGUCGUGGCUGCAGAGGUUGGGACAACGCCAGAAGGUCAGCCCGUGGAGGUGAGGAAGGAGUGGAGAUGGACUUGGUAG